AUGAGGACAGCAACGUUCAAUCAAACCAUUUUUCAAGAAUAUAUUGGCAUGAAUUUAUAUUUCGAUUUAAACCCAAUCGAUGUGUGUCAGCAAGACCAUUCCAUACGAGAGAUGAAUAUAUCUUGUACUGAUUUUAUGAACUCGACAUGGCUUGAUUUGUAUGGAAAUGAAAUUCAACGAUUUUUACACUUUUCAAAACAGUGGUUGCUUCGAACGAAUGAAAGUUUAUUGUCACUCUCCAAAGGUAUUUCUUUAGAACAUACUUCUAAUGGGACGGUGCGAGAUCAAGUACAGCUCCUUAAUUUCUGUACUUCUUGCAACCAUUCACAUUUUGAAAUUUUCCAUUUAUGGUUAUCGAAAGAAUUACCAUUGUUGAACAUUCUUUUGAAAGACAAUUAUUGCGGACAAGGUAUUCCACACUUUGGAGUUUCACCUUCCUCGCUCUUUAUUGCUUGCUCUUGUCCCAAUGGUGUGGUCUCCAAUGAAUGUGGAUUUUAUUCUCAAUUUCUCAUACCUUUCACAAUGGGCGAAACAUUUUACUCCAUAGAAAUUGCAGUUGCGGUGAUGCUACUAAUUGUCAUUCUGUUUCUUAAUUUUAUCCCUUAUUUGAAAGAGCUCUCUACCUCAACUGUUUCAAAUCAAAAAAGACUUGGACUAUUAAUGCUAUUCACCGAAUUUAAACUGCAUUCAAACAUUUUACUGAUGGGAUCUGUUCUUUCUUUGAUUACAUGUGCUUGUAUCACCAUUUCAAUCAAAAUACGAGACAAUUCCUCCACUGGUAUGAGAGUGGCAGAUAUAUUUCUGAAUUCGGCAGGAAAUUUGUUAUUUGUGAGCACAAUUCCACUCAUGUUUUCAUGGGUUGACACCAUUUAUAGGAGUUUGAAGUUGAGAGCAACCACAACACUCUCCAUUACAAUUGUGUGCAAUUCCAUUUGUGGAGUGUUGUUAGCGCUAAGUUUGGGUUAUGCAGCUGUCAUGUUUGUUCUUUGCAUGAUUGACUCCAAACACGACGCAUAUAUUGUAAUAUCACACAUUCCUUAUGUGUUCACUGCAACCAUUAUUGCCGGUGCCAUUGUUGUCACCAUAAUAAUGACACUACUUGGAUUUAUUUUAUUUCGAAUGCUGAAAAAAUCAAAUCCUUCUGUUAGAUUAUUAGAUUAUCGAUUCACAAAGUUCCUUAUUUACAUUGUUAUUGUAUUGAGCCCAAUGUCAAUACAAUUGAGUAUGAAUAUUAUUCGAGUUUUUAACAUUAAGUGGAGCUGUCGAUUUUACUCUGUUCUUGAAUACCAUUUCAUCAUUUGGGAUUUUUUCUUUUUAUAUUUAGGAGAAAUGUAUUUGUUAUUUAAGGCGAAAUCUUUCGCUACUACAUCUUACGGACAACUAUUUAUGAAAACUGUAAGCUCUCUGAAACAGACGAUCAAACAGAACAGUUUGCCAAAUUCAUCAGUCGACUCCACACCCUGUUCAGCAAUCAGUUCCAACAACAAAAAAGAUGAUCAUCAACCAAACAAUUAA